CGCCUCCAUAAACUUAUUUAUAAAAUUUACAAUAAACUUCAAAAUUCGAACGAUUGAAAAUGGGCAUCCUUGAGAAAAUGCUGAAAUUGAGCGGGAGAUGAGCCGCACGCAGAAGAACAAGGCGACCGAGUACCACCUUGGUCUGCUGAAGGGAAAGCUAGCUCGGCUGCGCGCAGAGCUUAUAGAGGUCAAGAGUAGCGGACCCAAGGGCGAAGGUUUGACCGGGGACGCGCGAGUGGCGCUAAUUGGCUUCCCCUCAGUCGGAAAGUCGACCCUGCUUUCGACAAUGACGGAUACAGAGGCGGCGGCAACCCCCGGGCGGUGGGAGUAUAACGGCGCCGUCAUCCAGUUGCUUGAUUUGCCCGGAAUCAUUGAAGGUGCAUCGCAGGGUAUUGGCCGCGGAAAGCAGGUCGUGUCGACCGCGCGGACGGCUGACAGACCAUUGCUCGAAAAGGAGCUUGAAGCUGUGCCCAACAUUUACCUCAAGAUCAAGACCGGCGGCGGGAUCAGCUAUAACGCGACAUGCAAGCAGUCAGAGCUCAACGAAAAGUUUGUCUACAACCUCCUGCACCAGUACCGCAUUUUCAACGCAGAGAUUCUGGUGCGCGAGGACGUUACAAUCGACGAUUUUAUCGAUGCCGUGGUCGCCAACCGCAUCUACCUGCCCUGCUUGUACGUCUACAACAAGAUCGAUGCCAUCACCAUUGAGGAAAUUGACAAGAUCGCGCGCGAGGACCACACUGUCGUCGUCAGCGUCGAGCAGGACCUAAACAUGGAUACGCUGAAGCAGAAGAUCUGGGAGUACCUGAGCUUCCUCAGGGUGUAUACAAAGCGCCACAGGCCUGAUUCUCAGCAGGGAGCGACCAUUGAGGACGCCUGCCGGUCGAUCCACAAGUCGUUGCUGGACAACUUCAAAUAUGCGCUGGUGUGGGGCAAGUCAGCCAAACACAACCCACAGCGCGUGAAUAUGCUGCACGAACUAAGCGACGACGAUGUCAUCGAGAUUGUCCACAAGUAGGGUGCCGAUAGUACCUUUGUUAUUUACAAAUAAACAA